AUGGCUGCCGACCCCUUUGAUUCGGCGCUGGACCUCCUCCGGCGGCUCAACCCCAAGCACACGGCCGAGCAUCUCAACAACCUCAUCUCUCUAGCGCCGGACCUGACCGAGGACCUGCUGUCGUCGGUCGACCAGCCGCUGACGGUGCGGCGGUGCAAGCAGACGGGGCGCGACUACCUGCUGUGCGACUACAACCGCGACGGCGACAGCUACCGCUCGCCCUGGAGCAACCAGUUCGACCCGCCGCUGGCCGAUGAGGGCGGCGCCGGCGGUGUCGGGUCGGGCGGCAGCAACGAGGGCGCCGGCGAGGGUGCCGUCCCCGGUGAGCGCGUCCGCAAAAUGGAGGUCAAGGCCAACGAGGCCUUUGACGUCUACCGCGACCUGUACUACGAGGGCGGCGUGUCGUCUGUCUACUUUUGGAACCUCGACGACGGCUUCGCCGGGGUAGUGCUGCUCAAGAAGUCCUCGCCCCAGAGCGGCAGCGGCGGCAGCAGCCAGGGCGUGUGGGACUCGAUACACGUGUUCGAGGCCAGCGAGCGCGGGCGCACGUCCAACUACCGGCUGACGUCGACGGUGAUCCUGAGCUUGGCGACCAAGGGCGCCACGCUAGGCGACGUCGACCUCAGCGGCAACAUGACGCGCCAGGUCGAGCAGGACCUGCCCGUCGACAGCGACGAGAACCACAUUGCCAACAUUGGCCGCCUCGUCGAGGACAUGGAGCUCAAGAUGCGCAACCUGCUGCAGGAGGUCUACUUUGGCAAGGCCAAGGACGUCGUCGGUGACCUGCGCAGCAUCGGCAGCCUCAGCGACGGCCAGCGCGACAGGGAGGCGCAGCGCGAAAUCAUUGGCAGCAUGCGGAGAUGA